UACACAGACAAUGUUGUUGAAACAUUUUCUGUUGCAAAGUACAGCUUAAAAAGAAUGUUUAAUUCAGCUGGAUUUUGUCAGGAAAUAUGCUUCUCUCUUAAUAUAUCCAUAUUUGCCAUAAAGGACAACUUAUGCAGUUGCUUGAAGCAUCUUCCCGAAGAAGGCCAAGUUUUGCCACUCUUUUGUAAUGCCUCGUGUUAUGAACCUGGAGCACGUAUUGCAGAACCUUAUUUUGAGGAAUGUGGAGGCAACGGGACUUACUCUGUAUUCAUAUCAGGAAAGAGAGACGAAAGAAAACCACCUUUCCCUGGAAUCUUCUGUGUUUCUAUUCAGUGUUCAGCAACACAAAAUUCAUUUCACUUUGAGGAAGAUUGCUCUAAAGCUUACCAUCCAGUUUGUCAGUUAAAUGGUACAGAAGCAAAUGUCUCUGAGAGCUGGCGGAAGUCAAUGCAAAUUUGUAAGUAAAUGGCUUCACCAUCUUAUUUAAUGGGAGAUGUAUAUCUGGAUGAUAUCAACAGGACAUGUGAUGCUAUAGGGAGAGAACUGA